AUGGCAGAUUGUAAUCUGUCGAAAUAUCCCAUGGAACCGAAGUUACACUUAUCUAAAGAUGAAAAAGGUGUACCAAAAAAUGCAAUGGAGUAUCGAAGACACAUCGGAAGCCUAAGAUAUAUCACUCACAGUAGACCGGAUCUCGGAUAUUCGGUGGGAGUUGUAAGCAGGUACAUGACAUCACCGAAAGAAAGUCAUUAUAAAGCAGUCAAGCAAAUAUUGAGGUAUAUCAAGGGAACGAUGAGUUAUGGACUGUUUUAUCAUAAGGGAGGCAAUGGAAGAUUACAUGGAUAUAGCGAUAGUAGCCAUGGUAUGGAUCUAGAUGAUCGUAAAGGUACAAUCGGCAUGACAUUUUAUUUUUCGGGCAACCUUAUCACUUGGUGUUCGCAGAAGCAGUGCACUGUCGCUCUCUCCUCUUGUGAAGCUGAAUUUAUGGCUGCAACUUCAGCGGCAUUCCAAGCAUUGUGGCUACGUAACUUAUUGGUAGACUUUUGA